ACCUCGCAUGCCCCUUGGCAUAAGUACCCCCCGCCGACACGCACACGCACACAGACGCCGAGAUAUGAACGUCCAGAGACCGACCUUCACAAUAUGCGCACUCCCGUGGUCCAUUCAUCCAUCCCCCGAUUUCUCCCCCCUCUAGUUUGGCGCGUGCACCGGGCAGGGCGCGUGUGUGUCUGGUGCACCGUAACAGCAGCACUGGAGAGUUUGUAUCAACACAUAAGGUCGGUUUACAGCAGCAGCAGCAGCGAUACCUGCACUCAGUCGCUCGCUGACGCGAUCGGCCCAUGCCAGCCAUAAAUGGGAUGGCUACCUGUACAUAUGCUACAUGUCUAAUUAAGCCCCUGCCCCCUCCUUCCUCUAAUUCCACAUCAUGUCAGCCAGCACCUCUCGGCCGACACUGCUAGUCACCCAUCUAUACCUCCUGCCCACCUCUCCUGCCGUCUCCCACACACAAUCCUGCAGCAGCCUCCAGAACGCACCCCGGCCGCCCUGACGAUCAACCACAGCCCACUCGUCCCCCAACACGGCCACCGACAUACCAGCAAGACUUGGAGUGACGGCGGCCAUGCUCGACUCCUGUUUGUUGUGGUUGAUGCAGCUGCAGCUGGCCACUGACACGGCGGCGGUAUCAGAUUGGCUGCGGGUGGGCUGAAGUGGGGGAAGGCCGUGGGGGGCGUGGGGGAAAUGGUGUACAGGGUGUCGGGGGGGCUUGCCGCCGGUGCAUGUGAUGCGCGAACAGGACUCCUUGAGGAGAGACUUGAACACCUAAGAGACAAGACAAGGCGGACGGACGGACGGGAGGAUCAUUUUCCCUUCUGUGCGGGUCCGUUUGUGUCUUCACAUUCUCACCUGGUCGAUGAGCUUCAUGUCCUCCUCGUACGCCUUGGCAUCCUCCUCCACACGACGACUGCAACGCGCACACACCACCACACAAGAGACAUCAUGAGACCUCCCUCCUCGUCUUCUGUGUUCUCACAUGGCACCAGCCUUCCUCUGAUUAUGAGGGAGAUUAUCGAGCGCCGCGAGCAUCCCGCCGCCGUCGCAAUGACCGCCGCCCGACGGCCUCGACGGCGAGGGAGUGGCGCUGCGGUGUGGUCCGGCUCGCCGCUUCCGUGCGCUGCACUGAGCCGCCCCGUGCAGAUGAUUCAAAUGGUCCAGGUCCAUCUGCAUGGCGCAAAGGGACGCAAGGAUGAGGAAGUGGGUAUGUAUUCUCUUCCUUCCUGCUGCAUGUGUGUGUACUGUACCUGCAUGCGACAGCGCAGGUUGGCCACUACUAGGUUCUCAUCGGCGUGAACGGAUCUGAAGUGGGCCAGCCACUCCGCCCACCGCCGGUAGAGGUACUGCCGGUCCCGCUCACGCAGCAUCCUCAGAAAGGCCUGGAGAUACCUGCACACACACACACACACACACCACACCAUCAUGAUGCAUGGCUUGGUUCUUUCCUCCAUAGAUGUGGAAUAGAUGUGCGGUUCGCCAUCUGGCCCACCCGUCGCCCAUAUCGUGCCAGAGAGGCCGGGAGCGCGCGGCGUCCCUCUCGGCCGCCUCAACCAUCUGCUGCUCGGCCUUCUUGUGGCGCGUCCACUCAUCUGGGUUGCGGGGAGUGGGACUUGACUUAUUCCGAGCCGCCGCCUCGAAGGCAGCCUUUCUGUCGGACACUAUGCCGUGAGGAUCAUACUCAAAAUACAAAAAUGGGCGGGACGGCAGCACGCUGCGGCUCCUCCCAUCACCAUACUGAUGCAUCCCCAAUAGGGAUGCGCCGG